AGCUCUGCGCGGGGCCGCGGGCACCGAGCGGAGGCUGCAGAGCGCGGCGAGCGAUGAGGAUGGAGGCCGGGGAAGCAACGGCGGCGGGGGCGGGCGGCCGCGCCGCGGGCGGCUGGGGCAAGUGGGUGCGGCUCAACGUGGGGGGCACGGUGUUCCUGACCACCCGGCAGACGCUGUGCCGCGAGCAGAAGUCCUUCCUCAGCCGCCUGUGCCAGGGGGAAGAGCUGCAGUCGGACCGGGAUGAGACCGGGGCCUACCUCAUUGACCGUGACCCCACCUACUUUGGGCCCAUCCUGAACUUCCUCCGGCAUGGCAAGCUGGUGCUGGACAAGGACAUGGCUGAGGAGGGGGUCCUGGAGGAGGCGGAGUUCUACAACAUCGGCCCGCUGGUGCGCAUCAUCAAGGACCGGAUGGAGGAGAAGGACUACACGGUGACCCAGGUGCCGCCCAAGCACGUGUACCGCGUGCUGCAGUGCCAGGAGGAGGAGCUCACGCAGAUGGUCUCCACCAUGUCCGAUGGCUGGCGCUUUGAGCAGCUGGUGAACAUUGGCUCCUCCUACAACUAUGGCAGCGAGGACCAGGCGGAGUUCCUGUGCGUGGUGUCCAAGGAGCUCCACAGCUCCCCGCAUGGGCCAAGCUCCGAGGCCAGCCGUAAAGCCAAGAGUGCGGAGGAGCAGCUGGAGGAGCAGCGGCAGCAGCAGGAGGAGGUGGAGGAGGUGGAGGUGGCACAGGUGCAGGUGGAGGCGGAUGCACAGGAGAAAGCCCAGUCACCUCGGGAUCCCGCUCACCCUCCCUCCCUCUCACCGCCGCCUCCUCCUCCGCUCCCCGCUGGAGGUUCCCGUCGGCGCCCUCUCAGACCCGAGGUUGAGCUGGCAGUGAGGGCUUCUCCUUGGCCCCUCGCCCGCCCCCAGAGCUGCCAUCCCUGCUAUUACAAGCCAGAGGCACCCGGAUGUGAGGUCCCAGAUCACCUGCAGGGACUUGGGGUUCCCAUCUGAAAUCCUUUAUUUUUGUACCAAGGGGUGGGCCCCGGGCCCGGGAAGGAAGAAGCACUCUGUCCCCUGCCACUUAUGCCUGCACCUCCAGGGCCAGGACUUGCCCCUGCCUCCACGGGCCAGGUGGGGACCCACUGGGACCUCCCAAGGCCUGAGGUGGGCCCUGGGACCCCUGGGUAGAGUCACCUGCCCAUGGCCAAAGUGUGGCACUGUCCAGCUAUGUCUCCCGUCACCCUUUGUCCCCUCACUGGGGUGCCCCUGUGGCACAGUGGAUGUGCUCCCUCCUGGCCCUGUCACGUCACCUCCUUGAGCCUCAGCUUCCUCGGGAGUCCAGUGGGGUAACCUCCCCCAUAGGGUUGUUGGGGGUGCAGAGAGGACAGGGUCCUUGGGAGCCCCUGAGAGUCGGGGCUGCUCUCCCUCACCCCCCUUGGCUGGGGAGGGCCUAGCUGGUCCCAAGCAGGACACUCUUUGCCAGUGGAGAUUCAGGUAUUGGUGGGUGAAGGGCGUGGGGCUGGCCCUGUAGAAGGGACAAGCGACUCGGCCUUGGCCUGGGCCACGUCCACUCCCACCCCGUGUGCUGCUGGCAGGUGCCCGGGCCUGCUUGGGGCACAGUGGCUAUGCAGGAACAAGGAAGGGGCUUCUGCCCUCGCCCCACCCAAGGCAGGGUCUGGGUGUGACGGGGCUGAGCGAGGGGCCCCUCCGGCAUUGUGACUGCCUGGGAUGGGCACUGGCCUCAGCAGCGUCCGAACCCACCGUGGAAUAAAACCCGAAGAAACAGCC